UUGAGCUGGGAGCCUGGGCGGCGGCGGCGCUCGACUUUCGGGGAGCCCGGCGGCUCUGGAAAGCUCACUCCUCAGCUCUCACCCGCUCCCUGCCGCGGAACCCUUGCAGCCAUGAGGGAACAGCUGAAAGGCCAUGAGACGCAAACAACUUGCUGGGACCAUCCCAAAAUGACAGAGCUCUACCAGUCUUUAGCUGACCUGAAUAAUGUCAGGUUCUCAGCUUACAGGACUGCCAUGAAACUCCGAAGACUACAGAAGGCCCUUUGCUUGGAUCUUUUGAGCCUGUCAGCUGCAUGUGAUGCAUUGGACCAGCACAAUCUUAAGCAAAAUGAUCAGCCCAUGGAUAUACUGCAGAUCAUUAAUUGUUUGACCACUAUUUAUGAUCGCCUGGAGCAAGAGCACAACAAUUUGGUCAAUGUCCCUCUCUGCGUGGAUAUGUGUCUUAACUGGCUGCUAAAUGUUUAUGAUACGGGACGAACCGGGAGGAUCCGUGUCCUGUCUUUUAAAACUGGCAUCAUUUCUCUGUGUAAAGCACAUUUGGAAGACAAGUACAGAUACCUUUUCAAGCAAGUGGCAAGUUCAACAGGAUUUUGUGACCAGCGCAGACUGGGCCUCCUUCUGCAUGAUUCUAUCCAAAUUCCAAGACAACUGGGUGAAGUUGCAUCCUUUGGGGGCAGUAACAUUGAACCAAGUGUCAGGAGCUGUUUCCAGUUUGCCAAUAAUAAGCCUGAGAUUGAAGCAGCCCUCUUCCUAGACUGGAUGCGACUGGAACCCCAGUCCAUGGUGUGGCUGCCUGUCCUCCACAGAGUGGCUGCUGCAGAAACUGCCAAGCACCAGGCCAAGUGUAACAUCUGCAAGGAGUGUCCAAUCAUUGGAUUCAGGUACAGAAGUCUAAAGCACUUCAAUUAUGACAUCUGCCAAAGCUGCUUUUUUUCGGGUAGAGUUGCAAAAGGCCAUAAGAUGCACUAUCCUAUGGUGGAAUAUUGUACUCCAACUACAUCAGGAGAAGAUGUCCGUGAUUUUGCCAAGGUACUAAAAAACAAAUUUCGAACCAAAAGGUAUUUUGCGAAGCAUCCCCGCAUGGGCUACCUGCCAGUGCAGACUGUUUUAGAGGGGGACAACAUGGAAACUCCCGUUACUCUGAUCAACUUCUGGCCAGUAGAUUCUGCGCCUGCCUCGUCCCCUCAACUCUCACACGAUGAUACUCAUUCACGCAUUGAACAUUAUGCUAGCAGGCUAGCAGAAAUGGAAAACAGCAAUGGAUCUUAUCUAAAUGAUAGCAUCUCUCCUAAUGAGAGCAUAGAUGAUGAACAUUUGUUAAUCCAGCAUUACUGCCAAAGUUUGAACCAGGACUCCCCCUUGAGCCAGCCUCGUAGUCCUGCCCAGAUCUUGAUUUCCUUAGAGAGUGAGGAAAGAGGGGAGCUAGAGAGAAUCCUAGCAGAUCUUGAGGAAGAAAACAGGAAUCUGCAAGCAGAAUAUGACCGUCUAAAGCAGCAGCAUGAACAUAAAGGCCUGUCCCCACUGCCAUCUCCUCCUGAAAUGAUGCCCACUUCACCUCAGAGUCCACGGGAUGCUGAGCUCAUUGCGGAGGCCAAGCUAUUGCGUCAACACAAAGGCCGCCUGGAAGCCAGGAUGCAAAUCCUGGAAGAUCAUAAUAAACAGCUGGAGUCACAGUUACACAGGCUUAGGCAGCUGCUGGAACAACCCCAGGCAGAGGCCAAAGUGAAUGGUACCACCUUGUCCUCGCCUUCUACCUCUCUGCAGAGGUCAGACAGCAGUCAGCCUAUGCUACUCAGAGUGGUUGGCAGUCAAACUUCAGAAUCUAUGGGUGAGGAAGAUCUUCUGAGUCCUCCCCAGGACACAAGCACAGGGUUAGAAGAAGUGAUGGAGCAACUCAACAACUCCUUUCCAAGUUCGAGAGGAAGAAAUACCUCUGGAAAGCCAAUGAGAGAGGACCCAAUGUAGGAAGCCUGUUCCACAUGGCCGAUGAUCUGGGCAGAGCGAUGGAGUCCUUAGUUUCAGUCAUGACAGAUGAAGAAGUGGCAGAAUAAAUGUUUUACAACUCCUGAUUCCCGCAUGGUUUUUAUAAUAUUCAUACAACAAAGAGGAUUAGACAGUAAGAGUUUACAAGAAAUAAAAAUCUAUAUUUUUGUGAAGGGUAGUGGUACUAUAAUGUAGAUUUCAGUAGUUUCUAAGUCUGUUAUUGUUUUGUUAACAAUGGCAGGUUUUACACGUCUAUGCAAUUGUACAAAAAAAAGUUAUAAGAAAACUACAUGUAAAAUCUUGAUAGCUAAAUAACUUGCCAUUUCUUUAUAUGGAACGCAUUUUGGGUUGUUUAAAAAUUUAUAACAGUUAUAAAGAAAGAUUGUAAACUAAAGUGUGCUUUAUAAAAAAAAGUUGUUUAUAAAAUCCCCCUAAAAACAAACACAUACACAUACUAGACACACACACACGCACACGCACACACACACACACACUAACUGAGGCAGCACAUCAUUUUGCAUUGUUUUAGUGUGAUAUUCAUAUGAAAUUCAUGGCUUUUUAUUUUCUUGCAUAUUAAAAUUAGGACUUCUAACACCACCAAGUGACUACUUCAUGUUGCUAUUUUGGGAAUUGUUGACUACGUGGGGCUAGCUACAGGCUUUCGUUUCAUACAUCUAUAUAUCUAUAAGUAUACAAAUACUAUAGAUGUAUAGUAGAUAGAUACGAAUUUCUACAGACUUUUAAAUUUCUUCUUCAAAUGUUCCUGCCAUUUCCUAACAGGAAAAAAAAAUACUUCUAGUUAUUCAGGCUUACCUGCUUGGGCAAGAAUGAAUUUUCACUGGAGCCUGAAGCCAGGAGGAAAGUACCACACUAAAAUAUUGUCUAGGCUUCCAGAUGUUUCUCAUUUUAAACUUUCCACUGACAACUAGAGUAUUGAAUUUUUUUAAAGGUGCAUGUGAAUGAAUACACAGGACUUAUUAGAUCAGAGUAAUCUGUCAGUUGAUAUAUUCAGCUUCCUGCUUCUGGCUAUGGCCACAAUUUCGAUUUAAUGAUGCUUCUGUGAUGAAGCAGUCUACUCUUGAAGCAAAGGGUUGGAUGAAUGAAUGUUCAUAACUAUACAAACAUAAUCUUUAUUACUACAAGAAAAUUAUACUGCCCUGUUCUCACAGUCAAACUGAAGUGGGUGGUUUUGUUGUUCUUGUUGUUUCUUUUUUUUAAAUUUUUUUUCCCAAUUGUGAUGGUUUUUCAAUGCUACAGACUUAGUUUAAAAUAACCUGUAGGAAAAUGUGUAAGACAGUAGCCCCAUCCCAUUGUGAUACUGGUAAAUAUCUAUCUAGAAGCUCAUGAACUGUGUUUGCCUCCUUUGCAUUUCUCUGUAAGUAAUUCCACACAGGAUUAUAAGGGGGAUGGCACAUUAACUCAAAUGUUCCAAAAGCAAAAGCUUCUCCAACCCCUUUUGGUGAAUUGGGCAUGUUAAAUAUAUAAAUAAACACAAAUUGUUCAAAAGAGGAGAAACAAAAUGAAGAGGAAAAGCUAAGGACUCAUAGGGAAAAGCUUUACUCUUUCAUGUCAUUUUAUUACUCUUUCAUUUGAAGAAAUCAUUUGUUCAAUAGAAAUCACUAUGUGUCCUAUUAUUUUGCAAAUCUGUUACCUCUGACAUCAAGUGUAAUUAACUUUUGGAGAAUGAGUUUGUCUAUUGUUUUAUUAAUGAUAAUUAACAUCAAACACAGCUUCUCAUGCUAUUUCUACCUCACUUUGGUUUUGGGGUGUUCCUGGUAAUUGUGCACACCUGAUUUCACAGCUUCACCACUUGUCUGUUGUGUGAACAUUUUUCUUCAUUUUCUUUUUCCUUUAUAAUUUUCAACAGAAAACUCAAAGUUCUAAGGUAACAAACUCCAUGGAGAUUUGAGUUUAGUCUUGCAUUUUGGCCUUUAUGUGACGCUGGAUUUUUUUUUCUUUAUUCAAGGAUUUGUUUUAACCAAGAUUUAAAAUUAAGAGUUAAUUUACAUCCUACUAAGAGGUUUUAAGUUUCAUUCUAAAAUCAGAGGUAGAUAGAAUGCAUAAUUUUGAUUUAAUCUUUUUGUUUUAUCUUUUAGACAUUAGUUCUGGAGUGAGUCUAUCAAAAUAUUUGAAUAAAAACUGAGAGCUUUAUUGCUGAGUUUAAGCAUAAUUUGGACAUUAUUUCUUGUUCUUUAUAACCACUAAGUAUUAAACUGUAAAUCAUAAUCAAUGUAACUGAAGCAUAAACAUCAUAUGGCAUGUUAUGUCAUUUGUUUUCAGGUACUGGGUUCUUACUUGAGUAUCAUAAUCUAUUGUGUUUUAACACCCAACACUGUAACAUUUACUAACUAUUUUUUUAAACUUCAGUUUUACUUCAUUUUCACAACAUAUCAGACUUCACCAAAUAUAUGCCUUACUAUUGUAUUAUAUUACUGCUUUACUGUGUAUCUCAAUAAAGCACGCAGUUAUGUUACAAAAAGUGUAA